UUCAACCAGUCGGUUUCUCUCUACAUCGCACAGGUAACCUAGGUUGGAAUGAAGAAAGCUAAUCACGGAUUCAAGUGAUAUUUUAUGAUAAAUCGAAGAUUUCCGUAAAAUAUAAAACUUGGUGUGUGCGAAGACUCAUUUGAAUGGCUAUAUUUAUCAAUCAGAGAUAAUCAUUCUGUUGCGGUAUUUGUUUGACCAAGUGACCUUCCUCUAGUCUAGAUCAAGAUACACCGAAUGAAGUGCGAAGCGAGUUGAUCACCGCGACCAGCCCACACUCUGCUAAUAUUUGACAUACCUUCCAAAACAUGAAAGAUUCAUCUCUUAUUUUACCUAAAUUAACACAAAAUUCUAAUUUUAUUCAAUGUAGACCGACGGCUAUCAUGAGAAAUAAACUGUAAACAAUAAUUUCGAUACGAAUUAAUACUAUCAGUGCGAGAAAAUAGAUCAUUAUGUCUCAAAUAAACAGGGAAAGUGAAUCGAAAGAUCCUUUUGUUAAAACACCGGUACCGCUAUCGAGAUCGAGCUUGUCACCUGCUAUUCGUAGUAUGACAAAAACUGUCAUAGUGUCGUUGGAUGGAACUGUCACGCAUAACAUCACUUAUGUCAACCUCAGCGGUACUGGAAAAGUGGAUAUGUCUCACUUUGAGAUGCUCAAAGUCUUGGGAACUGGUGCUUACGGCAAAGUAUUCCUUGUAAGGAAAAAGGGAGGCGCCGACCACGGCCGCCUCUAUGCUAUGAAGGUGCUGAAGAAAGCAACAAUUGUACAGAAGAAGAAAACAGCAGAACACACCAUGACAGAACGUCAGGUGUUGGAAGCCGUCCGGGAUAAUCCCUUCCUUGUUACCCUCCAUUACGCUUUCCAGACUGAUGCUAAGCUUCAUCUGAUCAUCGAUUAUAUUGCCGGAGGAGAAUUGUUCACACAUUUAUACAUGAAGGAACGUUUCACAGAAGAUGAAGUUCGUAUUUAUAUGGCAGAAUUGACUUUAGCUCUAGAACGCCUACAUAGUUUGGGUAUUAUUUAUAGAGAUAUCAAAUUGGAGAACAUACUGAUAGACGCUCAAGGUCAUAUAGUUUUGACCGAUUUUGGACUCAGCAAGGAGCUACCUAGGGACGAGGAAAAGUCGUAUUCCUUCUGUGGCACCAUCGAAUAUAUGGCACCGGAAGUAAUUCGAGGAAGCGAGGAGGGGCACGAUAUCGCUGUGGAUUGGUGGAGUAUAGGAGUUUUAGCCUACGAACUUCUCACAGGCUCUUCCCCGUUCACCGUCGAAGGAGAGAGAAACAGCCAACAAGAAAUAACCAGGCGAAUCCUGAAAACAACCCCGCCAAUUCCAGAUUAUCUCGGGAAAGAUGUUGCAAGUUUCCUUUCUGGGCUGCUUGAGAGGGACCCUCGUAAGAGACUGGGUGGUGGCAAAGAUGAUGCCAGAGAACUGAAACGGCAUCCUUUCUUCAAAACGUUAGACUGGGACAAACUUUACAGAAAAGAAAUCCCUGCACCUUUUCGACCAGUCAUAAGGGAUGAACUUGAUGUCUCAAAUUUCGCGGAAGAAUUUACAACAAUGAUACCCACCGACUCACCUUGUGUUGCUCCCGAAUGCGAAGAGGACCUAUUCAAAGGAUAUUCAUUUGUUGCUCCCCCUAAAUCGAACAACAAGUCGCCACAGCCAUAUCCCUAUUCCUUCGAUCCUAGCGGCAUCGAAAAAAGCAAAGCCGAAAAAUCUUCUUUCUUCCAAAACUACAUCUUGGAUAACGAAAUGCUUGGCGAUGGUUCUUUCUCUGUAUGCAGAAAGUGCAUCCACAAAAUGACUGGACGAGAAUUUGCUGUGAAGAUAGUUGACAAAAGGCACGAUUGUACUCGAGAACUGAAUAUGUUACGAGCCUGCCAAGGUCACCAAAAUAUUGUUACUUUAAAUGAUUUCCAUCAAGAUCAACGCUACAACUACCUCAUAAUGGAAUAUCUUAAGGGUGGAGAACUCUUUGAAAGGAUUAGACAAAGAAAACAAUUCACGGAGGGAGAAGCUGCCAUGAUCAUGAAAAAAUUAGUAGAUGCUGUCAGUUUCAUACAUUCUAGAGGCGUAGUACACAGGGACCUGAAACCGGAAAAUUUAGUCUUCACCUCACUCGAUGAAGAUGCCGAAAUCAAAAUUGUCGAUUUUGGAUUUGCUAGAUUGAAGGAGGAAAAGGAGUCACUUCAUACUCCUUGCUACACCCUCCAGUACGCAGCACCAGAAGUUCUUCAAGGCGAUUCAGAUGGCUAUGAUGAAAAUUGUGAUCUGUGGAGUUUAGGUGUCAUCCUGUAUAUGAUGCUUUGUGGCAGAGAUCCAUUCCACAAGAAGUCGAAUGAUGAAACCAAUAAGGUUAUCGAAGAUAGGAUCAAAGCGGGAGAUUUCUCUUUUUCGCAUCCUGCGUGGAGCAAUGUAUCAACAGAAGCUAAAGUGGUGGUAAAAGGUUUACUGACAGUAGACUCAAGCCAACGUUUGCAAAUGUCUGAUCUUCAACGAAACGCCUGGAUACAAGGAACACAACGCAUACCACAAACACCACUGAUGACACCAGAACUCCUGGCUACUGGUGAUUCAGCCGAAAGAAAAGUAACCGAUACCUUCAAUGCUUUCCACAAGGCUCAAAGAGAAGGUUUUAGACUGCAAGAUGUUCUCAGUGCUAAGCUGGCACAAAGACGUAGACAAAAGAAGAGUUCCUCUGACAAGGAUAGUGCAUCUUCAUCUAGAAGCUUCAAUAGUGAGGGCUCGCCUAGAAGUAACCAAGCUUCACUUGAGAGAAAGACUGAUGACAUCAUUGAUCAAGAAAUUUCCUCCAGAAAUGCUGAAGAAUUAGCAAGAGAUUCGACAGCUUCCAGUGGAAUUGUUGUAUCAGCCAAAAGUUCCUUAGAUAAUCCCACACCUCCGGCUAGGAAAAGACGACCAAAGGUCAUCCCUGAACCUACCAGACGUAGUGAAAGAAUUAGGAAUCGUAUGAGGGCUCAACGAAUGGAGAUAGAUCUCGAAUUUGCUCCAAUAAAAAGAAAAAGAAAGUUGGGUGAUCAAUCAGAUGACUUUGAUUUUGGUUCACCAAGUGUUAAGAAAACCAGGACUGUUGCAGUAGCUAAAAGAAAAACUAAUAAGAAAGUAGGUCGAUAAUAAAUGAAAUGUAAACUUCCCAAAUCAGAUACCUCAAGUUGUGCAUCGGUCUGUGAGUGUUAAAGGGUAUAGUGGACCUCUCUCUUAUUUUUUUAAGUUUUUCUAAAUUGAUGGUGUUAUGAAGAGGUGUCUUUAUAGAUUAUAUGAUUAUAUCUAUAUAUCAAUAUACCAUAUUUUGCAACUGCCUUUACUACAAAUGAAUUUACAGGAAGUACCUACCUAAAAAGGUAAAAUGUUACCUUUUAUUUCAGUAUUCAUGACUUGAAAACUGUUGAAGUAUUUCAUUUCGAAAUCAUUACCUUCUACUAUUUAUGCAAGUUGAGUUGUUUUUUUUUUUUCAUUCAAUCAGAAAAAAAUUUGAAUGGCAAUAGCACCAUGUCUUCAUGAAUUUUAAGAACAUUUAACUUAUUCCACUCUUAACUACUUCCAGACAUUUUUGACUGAUAUUGAUAUUGAAAUUCACCAUUGAUCAAUCAGAACUUGCUUCCCCUUCACUUAAAUAAUAUUUGUACAAAAGAAUGUGAUUGUCCAUAAAUGAAUUGUGAUAGUGAUCAAGUGAGAGUUGACUAUUGAGAAUUACUAUCAAACAAGACAUUUUAUAGCUAAAUAUUUAUGAGUUGAAUGUUUUCCUGUUCCUUACUUAUGGUUCUGUAAA